AUGCCGGAAGACGACAGUUCCAGUGGGCCGCGGACCCGAAAACGGAAUCAGCUGGGACGGAGAAAUCCCAGGCUGCGCAUGGCGUGUCUCCGCUGCCAGCGACGCAAGAUACGAGAGCCGCCUCCUGAGAUUAGAGAAGCCUCGAGUGAAGCUGCUCUGGAUGAUACCACAGAUACCAUACUACACUCUCCUUCUGCUUUGCAGACCCAGGACUAUACGGAGGAAGUCAACGAAACAAUUACAGAACCAAAUAAUCAGCCUGUUAGGUCGGCUCCUGGGCCUACAGGGGCUGGUGCCCUGUCUCAUGAGAUUGGACUGGUGUCUCUGGGGACGAACCAAGACCCAAGAUACAUCGGCCCUUCGAGCGGCUAUUUCCUGGCGCGAGUGAUGCUCAACUCGGCCUCGAAGCAGGAUGAGAGGCUAAGCCGAUCAGGCCGCGAUACCCCUUUUCCCACCAAACUCGUUGAGGCGAUCCAAGGGCCUCUGCCUCUUCCCGCUCGAGAUAUGGCCAAGCAGUUGUGCGAUGCCUACUUUGACGCGAUACACCUGCAGUACCCUAUCCUUCAUCGGCCUACAUUCUUAAAGAUGUUGGAUCAGGCAUAUGAGCAGGAAGAAAAAGACCCUGUUGUUGCCUUUCAAGUAUUCAUGGUUCUGGCCAUAGGGGCUACUGUACUAUCCGGUCGGCUCAGGGCUCGCAUCCCAGCAGAAUCAUACUGCCUGUCUGCCCUACAGCAUUUGGAACAGCUCAACCUCGAGAACUCUCUACAAGGCGUUCAGUGCCUUCUCCUGCUCCUCGUCUUCACUAUUCAUAGCCCCUUUGUCCGCCUGAAUGUGUGGUACCUCAACUAUCACUGCCUCGCUGCCCUGCUUGACCUGGGCCUCCAGCGCAACAUUAACAUUGGCUCUGGGAUAUCUUUGCUGGAGCAGGAGAUGCGCGCCCGCAUAUUUUGGGUCAUUUUCUCUUUUGAUCGGAUUAUUGCAACCAUGAUGGGCCGUCCUAUUGGUGUGAGGGAUGAGGCGUGCGAACUUCGUAUGCCUCAAGGGUUGAGCGACAAUGAGUUUGGCGACGUAAACCAGUCACGGCUUCCAGAAACUGAGAAGGAGAUGGACUUUGCAAUGCAUCUCUUCAAGGCGGCCAAGCUCAACUCGGAGAUCAAGUAUGUUGCCAACAGCAUCAUCAGAGACUCGCCUAGUUACGCAUACCCCCCAGUCAUCGACAUCAAUGACUGGCAAAUAUCUAUGCUGCGUCAGUUGGAUGAGUGGGCAAGCCAGAUUCCUGUCUCUCCCAACGCGCCAUCCGAAUUCUAUCUGAGAACGACCUGUCAGCUGCGCUAUCACGGUCUGAGAAUGCUUCUCCUCAGACCCAGUCCCGCCAUACCCAAGCCUUCCAGUGAGGCUCUGGUACAGUGCCACCAGAGUUCUCGUGAGAGCAUCAAGUUGUUUGACAGCUUGUACAAGAAGAAUCUUUUGGUGCACAGUUGGGUGACUUUUCACGCUCUCGUUCUUAGCACCAUCACCUUGCUAUACUGUAUCAAAGUGGUACCUGAGAUUGCUCGUGAUACUGAGAUUGAUGUUUUGAUGGGAGAUCUAAGCAUUUCUCUGAGUGUGCUGAGCGCCACUGGUGAGCAUUGGUCAGGGGCAAAACGAAGCCGGGAUAUCUUGGAUGAGCUGGGAAGAUCAACGAUUCGAUGGCUACGAGACAGAAAUGGGCAGUUUAGCGUUACAAACAGUCGUGGAGCUACAGAAGGGCCCGUCAUCACGUCUACGCAAACCACAUUGGCAGGCUUGGAUGUUGGCAUCUCCUAUCCCAACACUACGCUGUCAAUGAGCAACAACGAGAGCAUGAACGCCUUCAGCGGAAACGCAUUUGAAGACUUUCUCAUGAACGAUACAUUUGCCGAAUACUUUGAAGCGACGGAUUCCAUCAACGUCGACACUAUAGUCCGAGACCUUUUCCAGGACUUUAUACCCACAUACCCAAGUAUAUAA